CACAGGACGAGUUGGUCGCGUUAGACGAUGCAACUUUAGCUACUUGUAUCGACACUCGCACAGUUCAGCAUACCGUGUUGAGGAAGCAGCUCACUGACCAGGACAAGGCGCAGAGACACACUAGACGACACUUGCUGCUAGCAUAGUUGAUAUGGCGUUUCUCAUCUCCAUGCUGGUGGCCAUCGUCGUCACUUCGAGAGUCCAGAGCGACACCCAUGAAGAUGGUGACGUGAUCGACGUUCGCGAGGCGGUGAUGCAAUUCGAAGACGCGGUCGCCAUCUACAGCACCAUCGACGAUCCCAACCAGAAGUGCUUGAAAACAACACGCGAAGGUUUUGACCUUGAGGCUAAUACCGCGAAUUUUACCUGGUACUACCAGGGUCUCGAAGGCUCACCUAAGACAAAGUGUUUUUACAACUUGAUGAAUGGAACUAGUCCUGUCACCUUUUACUUAUCACCAUGCGAUGACACCCAGAACCUUGAGGAGGCUAGGGAAUUGUACACUGACGGCACAACCUGUUUCGUGGGGUACUUUCCACCAGUUGCAGGAGAUCAAUGCAUACUGUGGGUGACCACCGACUCCAAGGAUUCCGUACCAGAAAAAUGCGAGAACAAGUUCAACGAAAAGUGCAAGGGAGAAAAGCACCAGCUUUACGACAAGAGCAGCUGCCAGUAGCCAAGUUGCUCUGUCUCAAUAAGUGACUUCGCAGCUUCUACACGACUUCUUCUGAUUAGAAGGCACCUAUAAUACACCUGUAUUUGGAAGUUAAUAAUUAAAUGUAUGCUCCUCGCUGA